AUGGCGCAAGUGAAAUUCGAUCUGGGCCAGCACCUGCCCCUCAUUGCCUCAGGCAAAGUACGAGAGUUGUACGAAGUUGAUGCUAAAACGCUGCUCUUCGUCGCAACUGACAGAAUCUCCGCCUACGAUGUGAUCAUGAAGAAUGGCGUCCCGCAGAAGGGAGCUGUUCUCACUCUGAUCAGCAAGUUCUGGCUCAAUUAUCUCACAUCACAAAUUCCCGGCCUCAAGACUCAUUUACUAUCUGGAUCAAUACCCUCUAAGCUGCCUGCAGAGAUCGCGAAGGAAAUCGCUCCCCGAUCCAUGCUCGUCCGCAAACUGAAGGUCUUCCCUAUUGAGGCUAUCGUGCGAGGCUACAUCACCGGCUCCGCAUGGUCUUCUUACAAGAAGACGGGCGAAGUGAACGGCAAGAAGCUGCCUGAAGGCCUGCAAGAAUCUCAGGAGUUUCCGGAGCCAAUCUACACACCGAGCACAAAAGCAGAGCUUGGUCAGCAUGACGAGAACAUUUCAACCGAGGAAGCGGCCAAAGUUGUCGGCGAGAAGUAUGCGAAGCGGAUAGAGGAGUUGGCGCUGCAGAUUUACAAGACUGCAAGGGAUUACGCGAAGACAAAAGGCAUCAUUAUCGCGGACACCAAGUUUGAAUUCGGCUUAGAUGAAGGAACGGAUGAGGUUGUGCUUAUCGAUGAGGUACUGACGCCAGACAGCUCCAGAUUCUGGCCAGCAAAAUCUUACGAGCUUGGACGGGGUCAGGACAGUUUCGAUAAACAAUAUCUGAGAGACUGGCUGACAAGAGAAGGCUUGAAGGGAAAGGAGGGCGUGGAAAUGCCGGACAAUAUCGUGCAGUCGACAUCGGAGAAAUAUCAGGAAGCUUUCCAUAUGCUCACAGGCGAGACACUGCAACAGGCGUUGGAGAAGGUGUAA